AUGGAGGACGAGGACAACAAUUCUAGUGAGACCGACAUUCCAUUGGGUGAUGCUUCGACUAGAUGCAGUAAGAUUGAUUCAGAACUUGUAAUGGAUUAUAGUAAUGAAUUUGUUACUCAUGAGAUAUUCAAGAGUCGAGAUGAGUUAAUUCGAUGGGCACGCCAUGUUGGAAGAAGAAAUGGAUUCGUUAUUUUCGUGCUGAAAUCAGAUGAGGGUGAUAUUUGUGGUCAGUUAGCGGUAAACAAGUACAUUGAGUGGCAUAGGAGCUGUGUAGAUACUGAGACAGUGACUGAUUUGUUCUCUGCACAUCCUACUAGUUUGAAUUUGUUACGUGCAUUUCCAAAAGUAUUGUUGAUGGAUUGUACUUAUAAGACCAAUCGAUAUCGGUUGCCCCUUCUGGAGAUUGUAGGUGCGACAUCGACAGACAUGACCUUUUCAGUUGCAUUUGCAUACCUCCAGUAUGAUAAGGAAGAUAACUACACAUGGGCACUUGGUAUUUUACGUAAUGUCAUGGAUGAAAAUGCUCUUCCUUCUAUUAUUGUUAUAGAUAGAGAAUUGGCCCUUAUGAAUGCCAUAUGUACGGUGUUUCCUGGAACUACAAAUUUGUUGUGUAGAUGGCAUAUUGAGCUCAUAUUGGAAGAGUCUAAACAAGCAUCUUCUAUUGGUAUUGAUAUUACUGCAUGUGGACGUGUCAUUCAACAUACUUAUGGUUUUUCAUGUGCACAUGAGAUAGCAAAUUACAUAAGGGAAACUCGACCAAUUCCCCUCACUUCAGUUUAUUUAUAUUGGACUAACCUUGAUAUGUUGAGUACCCCACACAUUGUAAGUGAAGAGUGGACUUAUACAUCUGGGUUAGAAUUGUUUGCCAAACGAUUCGAGGAUGUGGAUCCAGAUGUGAAGAGGUUUUUGUUACAGAAAUUGAGGGAGUUAGCCAAACUUGAUUGUACAUUGUUGAUUGAGCCAGAAGUGAAGUCUAAUCCAUGGGGUUGGCCAAAAUUGAAGAUUGAAACCUCCACUCGUUGUGAGCCAUCUGCGUUUGAAAUAGUUGCUUUAGCACAAGAUAGUUAUUCGCCCGAAGUCAUUGCCAAGGCAAGUGUAACAACAAAAAAGGAUGUUGCAACAGAUGGCAAUUGUGGGUUCCGAGCUAUUGUUGGUUUGAUGGGUUUUGAAGAAGAAGGAUGGUUACAAGUAAGAAAAGAUUUACUUAAAGAGUUGCAUACGCAUAGUGACCACUACAGGAAAUUAUUUGGAUCACAAGAGAGAAUCGAUGACCUUACCAAUAUCUUGGCAUAUUUUGAGCCAAACCCUGGGUUGGACCGGUGGACGAUGAUGCCUGACAUGGAUUAUCUUAUAUCGUCUUUCUACCAAGUCAUUUUGGUCCACUUGUCUAUGCAACAAUGUUUGACAUUCCUCCCUCUUAGGGCAAUACUGACGUUUGUUGCCUCUCGCAAGGAGAUAUUGAUGAAUGAGGAGGAUUUGUUUGGUUAG